AUGGAGACUUCAAACGGUCAUCUCAACAACAAUCUCCACUACCCUCCUUUUGCUUCUCAGAGAGACGUCAUUUACAGCGACAUGAUCGGUUCUCGACUCCUCUAUUCUUCAACUACAUAUUAUUCUCUUUCAUGCAGUUGUGGUGCUUGCGGAUAUGACCUAAACCUGAACUCCUCUACUCGCAACACUUCCACUAUUGGUUCGAAAUAUGGAAAAUCGAUGAAGAAAGGGAUCAUAUCAUUCCUCUACAUUGAUGAGAGCAGAUUUACUCAGGCUGACGAGUUCCAAUGUGUACCAUCCUUCAUCUCCAAGCACUUGCGUGGUUUGUUCCGCCGCAGAACCAAACUUUUGUGUCGGAAGUGUGGUAACCAUAUUGGAAAUGCUUAUGAUGAUGAUACAUCUUACCCACUUGUAACAGACGGAUCAGAUUCAGCCUCGGGCAGUGAAAUCUCUACUCACAGAAAAUAUGAUGUCAGAAUCCGCGCCUUGCAACCUUCCUCUUCUGUGGAAUCUGGCCUUCCACUCGCCGUGUAA